AGCUGAAUCUGCUCAAGCCUUGCGUGCCUUGCGGCCGCGCCCCUGAUGAAUCAGGAUGCGCAGGAUGCUGGCGGCAUGCCUGGGGAGCACAAUGAUUCCAGUGACGAGAGCAGCAAGUUGGCUGAUAGUGCGGCGGCUUUCAAGGAGAAUUACCCCAUGGCCUACAGCAGCAAGCGCAAGGGCAAGACCUAUUUUGGUGCCCUGAGUUUCCGGACGAAGAUGACGGCGACCUUCCCCGUCUUGGCGUAUGGAGCCUUGAGGUACUUCAAGACUGGUUACAUGAAGAAAUUCUACACUGACGACUACCCACGAGCUUCGCUUAGCAUUCUGUCGACCUUCCUCAUCAUCAGUACGCUUUUAGAUUUGGCAUGGGAUCCGACCCUGGCAGCUUUAACAGACGGCACCCGAACCGUUUGUGGGCGCGACUACGGGCGACGGAAACCUUUCCUCUUCGUGGCAAGCUUCAUUGUUUGUCUCUUCUAUUGCUUGGCUUUUGCACCACCGGUCUCCUUGUCUGCAAAUGCACAGAGAGACUCAGAGAUUUGGUAUAUCGAGAAUGGGAACUCCGGUGAGAAGGCGCCCAUCUUCAAUUCCAUCGCUGCCGCCGUGUGGUUUGGCAUCUUCCAUAUCUUGGUGAAGGUCGUUGCAGAUGCCACCCAGGAUAUCCCCCAUGGAGCACUCUUAGUCGAGCUCACCCCCGAUGGGAAAGAAAGAACGAAUGUGUGGUCCUGGAUGGAAUUUUGGGGAUGCAUUGGAAUCCUCUCAGGAAUGUCAUUGCCACUCUUGGGGGAAAGCAACUGCGCCUCCAGCGCGGAAACAGGUUGCUAUGAGUAUCUCUUCAUUGCUCUGGGACUGGGUUUGCUGUUCAUGGUGUCCAAUUUGCAUCUGUGUUGGCACGUCAAGGAGAGGCCCACGAAAAACUUGGUCGAUGAAGCAGAAGGCUUUGUACCCAGCAUCGUGGGUUGCUUGAGCAACUACCCUUUCUUCAUCCUGUUGCUUUCGGAUGUGGUGGAAGGCUUUGGUGCCAAUCUGCCAUUGUUGGUCUUGCCUUAUGUCGUUGAUUGGAUUGUGGGAAAGGAAGCAGCUGAAGACUUUGUGGGUUCGGUUGGCAUGCUCACCGCCUUGGGUGCUGGAGUGCAUAUGCUUGUACGUGUUCCUAUGAAUUUCUUCUGGCGAUGGGCAGCCGGCCGCUUUGGAAAAUAUCGGACUUACAUGGCCUAUGAGCUUUUGUAUGGCUGCCAUAUGUUCUUGUUCCUCUUUGUCUCGAAAGGCACUGCCCUUCUUGGAGUUAUUUUGUGUGGCACCUGGGGUAUGGCAUAUGCAGGCCAUUGGCUUCUCUAUGACCUGGUUUCAGAUGUGGCGGACUACGAUGAGUUGCUGACGGGGCAACGCCGUGAAGGACAGCUCACGAUGGCACGCGAAUUGGUGCCAAAGAUCUGCGAAAUUCCGGCGGACGCCUUGCCGUUUUUGCUCAUGGGUUACUACGGUUACAAUCCCGAUUUGUUGGAGCAGAACGAAUCCGUGAAGUGGGUCAUCAAAGGGUCUAUCUCAGUACUGCCGGGCACUGCAGGUUUGCUCGGCACCUUUGCCCUUUGUUUCUUCACCCUGCGGAAGAAGGACCAGCACGAGAAAAUCAUUCGUGGGCUUCAAAGACAUCAAGCCGGCUUGGUGACCACGGAUCCCCUGACUGGCUUGCGGCUUCCACCCAUCAAGCGUGAAGCGGGAGCUGUGGAAUUUGAAGGCUCGACCAUUGGUAGAGACCAAGUGAUUCUGCUGGACCAUUUCUUCGCCUCAGAGGUAAGCUGGGCUCACCACUCAGGAGACUUGGGGAAGCUGAAGGUGAAGCCGGUGAUCUUUCUGGUGCUGUCGCUGCUCUUAGGCAUCCCUGGCUUUUGGUUCACCCUUGAAGGAUGGGCCAGCCUCAGCGAGGGUCAUAGCUCCAUAGCUCCCGUUGGUAUCAUCCUGAUCGGUUUCGCGGCCAUCGGCUUCCUUUUCAGCUUGGCCCGGCUCCGCCAAGCGCUGCGGGCGCCAAGGAUCAUUUCGAAGAAAGAUUUGGAGGUCAUGGUGGCGAUUCACCAAUCACGGGGGCGGAUUCCAGGCGGCAUCAAGGCACUUGAUGAGGAUCAAGCGCCGCAACCGACCACCAAGGUGGCCCUGCCAGAAACAACUUCGGUGGCUGCCAAUGUGGUGGAGAAGCCAACAAUUCACGUCCCCGUCACAGAGUCCGAGGGGCCAAAGAGCACAAAGGCGAGUUUGUGACGGCGCUCUCUGGGAUUCUGUGGGCCUUUUUCGGCAAAAAUGGUUUUUGUUUGGAUCUUGCCUAUCUUCAAAUGAAGAUGCACAAGAUUCGAUCUCCAAAAAAUGUAAGCGCUGGACUGGGGCCCAAUGAAGAGCCUAUGUCCGCGUUGAAGAUGUGGGUGUAUCUAUGGCCAGAGGCCUUUGACC